AUGAAGAAAAGUCAACUAGAGGGUUCUUUCAGAUCUUAAAUGAUGGAUGAAUAUGAUGUGAUUCUUAAUCAAGACAAUUAAAGAUCUCAACUAGUAAUUCACAAUGUUAUGUCAACCAAUGAGGAAAACUAUAAAAAGCUAGGUUAAAAUUACUAUUCGAUGGAGCUAUCAAGACUGAAUAGUCUCAAUGAUUAGAAAUCCAAAACCACAAAAUCUGUAAGACUUCAAGGAGAGCAUCUAUUAAAAGACUAAUCAAAUUAUAUUGGAAGGGUUCUAAAUUAGUUAUUUGAAUCCUCGAAAGAAUUCUAAAACUCCUUAGAAAAAUUUAUUGACAUGUUUGAUACUGAUGAAAAACUGUUAAUCUCAACAUUGGUAAUUGCAUUAAGAAGCACUAAAGUUCUAGAUGUUAUGUUCUCAUAUGUUUAAUUCAACGACUCGACCUGUCACACUCUAAAUAAAGUCUAUGGACUAAUGAUCUAAUUGGGAUCAAAGGGUAUUAUUGAAUCUGGAAGAGAUGAAAUAAGGGAUCUAUUUAAUAAAGCAUUAUCUAGCCUAAUAAAUCUAAAUAUAGAUGAAAAAUUAAGAUUUUUCAAAAAACUAAUAGAUCACAGUAGCAAGUGCUACUUCAACCUUUCAAUAAAAAGAAAAGAUCUACUCAUACUUUUAAGAAAACAUGAGUUUAAUGAAAUUCUAUAUCUACUUGAUAAUUAACUGACAGUUAUAGUUGACAACAGUUAAAAAUGA